CGGCGAACCAUCUCCAUCAAUUCGAUCCCCCUCUCCUCGACUUUUCCCCCCAGAUCCGGUCCAUUGAGUCCUACGCCCAGCGGUCACCAUGGCGUCCAGAGAGCCCCAGUUUAACCAGCAGGUGCUGGUCGACACGACCCCCAUGCCCGAUCACAUCCCCAAAGUGGAGGAGAUCGGUGCUACGUCGGCGCCGCUGUACAGCGCGGCCUACUUUAUCGGAGACCGCUGCAAGCCCUACAACGACGACUUCAUGAAGUGCAAGGACGAGUCGAACGGGCGCGGAGAGCUGGACUGUCUGAAGGAGGGUAGAAAGGUGACGCGCUGUGCGGCUAGCGUAAUCAAGGACAUCAACACCCACUGCCUGAAGUCGUUCACCGCUCACUGGGAGUGCCUCGAGAACAACAACCACAAGCUCUGGGAGUGCCGUGCGCAGGAGAUGAAGCUGAACAGCUGUGUUUUUGAGAAGCUGGGCCUGAAGAAGGAAAUUCCCGGAACCCCCGAGAACGUCGUCCCCGUGCACUUGCGCCCCAAGCAGAUCUACUCUGACUGGCCUGGUCGGCAAUAUUAAAAAGAAAUACAAAAUGAAAUAUUUUGAGGGGAGCAUAUAUCAUUGUGUUUUUCUUAACUGAACUACUACCACUAACUUAACGUGUCUUUUGUAUUCCGGUGUUUUCCUUUUGUUUUCUCUUCCGUCUCUCUGGUUGACGUCUGUUUGUGUAUAUAUUAGCAUAUCAGGAAUGUCAUUGGUUCCGAG